AGUUGGGAACAGCACUAACACAUGACUGUAUAAUAUUCAUUGCUAUUCAAGAUGGAGAGAAAACAACGUAUGUCUUCCGUAAGGUGGUUGUAAACAAGAAAGUUAGCUGAAACAAAUAUCCUUUCGCAAGACAGCAAUUAUUCAGCAAGAAAUGGCGAAAUCUGUAUUAAGCUCGGAUACACUGCCAAAGGCCGGCCGAGUAAACGAAGUAUGUCGUGAAUGGUUAGUACAUGAAGAUGGAGCUCUAGCGUAUCGCCUUCAAGACGAAGAAAUUAGGGAGCAUUACACUAGUAACAAAGUUCGCAAUGCACAAGUUAGAGAGGACUUACCAAGAGCAAAAGUUGAACAAGAGCUUGAAACACUCAGAUACCAAUCCUAUAUUCAGCAACAAGAGGAAAGGGACGCUCUUGUUGCAAGACAGAUUGCAUUAUCCUUGGAAAGAGAAGAAAGACAAAGAGAACGGGAAUUGCAAGAACAAAUGAGGUUGCAAUUAAGGUUGGAUGAUGAAGCUGCACAGCUUGAAAUUGAACGACACAUUCAAGAAGAAAAAGAUGAAGAACUAGCAAGAAAGCUGCAACAAGAAGAAGAAAAUAUUAUAGAUAACCAUGAUAGUCCCAUUAAUAACCAAUUACUAUUAGAUCAGAAAAUUGCUAUGGAAGCACAAGAUGCUGAACUAGCACGAAUGCUUCAAGAAAAGGAACGUGCAAAAAUAAGAAAAGCAAGGCAAAGGGCAAGACAAAGGAAGCUGGAACGACAGCAACUUCAAGAAUUAGAAGAACAAAGUCUUAUAGAAAAACCUCAACGGCCUGAUAGGUUGGAAUUAAUAAGUAUGCAAAAUAAGACUAGAGUACAGCAAACGUUAAAUUAUCCACAAUAUCCUGAUCCUGAAGAAAUACAGACAUUAGAUGAUUCUAUAGAAAAUUUGAGGGAAGUGCAAAAUGUGGCAACAAUUAUUGAUCCUACAUAUAAUGGAAAUGUGCAUAAAAAUACUUCAAAUAGCUCAAGCAGUUCAGUAAGCCCUACAUAUGUAUUACCUACCCCACCACAAGAACUUUUGAAUGACGAUGUCCCAUGUUAUAUGCCUAUACAAGGACAACGAAGAAAUCAAAUGCAAUCACCAUCUCAAUCUCAUGAAGAAAAGCAUAAACGCAGAGUGAAAGAUGGUUGUAAGCAACAAUAA